AUGGCUUGGGACAAUAAUGGCAACAACAAGGUGUUGACUCCGGGGCAUAAUAUCUCUGUCGCUGAGGGUGAUAUGAUGUAUAUCGAUGCGCUCAAGGGCAAGUUGUAUGUUGUGCCCGUUUCGGGAUGGUUCUUUACUCAUUUUGGAAGCGAGGUGUCUUAUAGCAAGAAUUGGGUGUUUCUCAGUGAUCUUUUGUGGUACACGCGGUGGAAGGAUAUCUUGAAUCUUGGUCCUCGCUUCAUCGAAAUCAUUAUCUGGAAUGAUUACGGAGAAUCGCAUUAUAUUGGAUCACUAGCAUCUUCUCACACGGAUGAUGGUGCAUCGGAAUGGGUUAUGGAUAUGUCACAUGGGGGCUGGCUGCAGAUGUCUAAGCCCUUUAUUUUCGUUUAUAAAGCCGGUGACAGGGCUGUCGAUAGCCAUAUCGAAGAUGAGAAGCUUGUUUAUUGGUAUCGAUUCAUGUCGCGGACAUUAAACUGUAACAAUACGGAUUUUAUCAUGCGCGGGAGUCUUGACAAUAGCACUGGCAAUUUCUUUCGCGACCGUUCGAAUGGUUGGGAGAUUAUGCAGGACCAAGUCUUUGUAGUGUCUUUGUUCAAGUUUUCGGCGAUGGUAGAAGUCAUUUUGGGGUAG